GAGGUUCACGACGUCGACCAGAGAUUCGGAAUCGCACAGUCAACUGCCUAAGGUCCGGUUGGCCGGUCGCAGCCAGCUGAAGUUCUUCUCAAGGUAAACGGGAGUAGCAGCCAGAUACCACGAUGGCGGACGAUGAGAGGAAACGUCUCGAGGAUGAAAAGAAGAGGAAGCAGGCGGAAACCGACAGAAAGAGGGCGGAGGUCCGCGCCCGCCUCGAAGAGGCUUCCAAAGCCAAGAAGGCUAAGAAGGGUUUCAUGACCCCUGACAGGAAGAAGAAGCUCAGGUUGCUGCUGCGUAAGAAGGCCGCGGAGGAGUUGAAGAAGGAACAAGAGAGGAAGGCAGCCGAGAGGAGGCGCAUCAUCGAGGAGAGGUGCGGAAAGCCAAAGGACACCGACAACGCGAGCGAAGACGAUUUGAAGGAGAUUUGCCAAAUGUAUUACGAGCGCGUCUACCUUUGUGAGGGUCAGAAGUGGGAUUUGGAGCGUGAAGUUCGGAAAAGGGACUACGAGAUAUCGGACUUGAACAGCCAAGUGAACGACCUCCGAGGUAAAUUCAUGAAACCGACGCUGAAGAAAGUCUCCAAGUACGAGAACAAAUUCGCGAAGCUGCAGAAGAAGGCGGCUGAGUUCAACUUCCGUAAUCAACUUAAACAAGUGAAGAAGAAGGAGUUCACCCUCGAGGAAGAAGACAAGGAGCCCAAGAAGUCCGAGAAGGCAGAGUGGCAGACGAAGAAGUAGAUAUAAAAAACACGAGAUAAACGUUUAAAGAAAAAAAGUAUAAAAAGAACACGAAUAAUAAUCGUACACUACCUAAAGAGCUUCGACACGUAGAUAAAUGUCAUACAGAAUACCCGCAUCAAUCAGACACACAGGUGAAAAUACCGGGUAAACGUUUUCGAGUUAACUCCCGCGCGUACACACGGUUUCAACGUUGACCGCUCUCGGUUCGUUCACUCAAUUAUUCGAUUAUUCGAUCAUUGUACCGAUAGAAUGAAAUCGUGCCUCUCGUGGUUUCCGAAGUUCCGAGGUACGAUGGAACGAUCGAUAUCGCAUAUGCGCAUGUACGCGUGACACGAACCAUCGCUGUCAGAUUAUGAGCCGAGCUUUUUCAGAUCGUCAAUAAAUGAAAAAUGAUUUAUCUUA